AUGGGCAUGGCUUCCAACAACGAUACAUCUCAAUCUUCAGGCCGCCGCCAUCUCCAAAUAGGCGGCCAAACUCUACGUCCAUCCAGUCCCUCCUCCUCUUCUCGUCCUCUCCAACCGCACCCAAAUCAACCCGCCGACCCCGGAAGUCCACAACCCAUCAACGAAACAGCAUCCGACUACUUCAACCCUCUCAGCCAAGCGCCCUCAGCACAAUCCCAAACUUCGUUAUCGUCUUUUCCUCGAUACCCAUCGCAGAAUCCAUCGCAAGCAUCGCUCUCCGCAUUUCCUUCCUACACUGAUACAAAUACCGCUACUACUACAAACAUAAACACGGCUUACAAUCAACAAUACCCGCGACGCAACAGACCUCCCAUCGAUCAGGCGCGACAGCCUAGCAUUCGCAUCCGCCGCAGCUCAAAUGGUUCUGUCUACUCCAACUAUAGUUUUGAUGGGUUCAGCGACGAUGGGAGACCGCGGAGUGUUUCGCAGCCCGAGAGGGCGAGAGUUCAGGAUGGGAAUGCGCUAGCGCGGCAUUCCCGGAGAGUGCCACAGGCCGCUAUGCCGAGACUCACCGAAGAGGGUAACCGUCCGAGUAUGGCUGAGUUGGGUAUGAGUGAUGAUGAUCGCGCCAUGUCCCCUACGGCUUCUCUUCCUGAGGAUGCGAUACGGCCGAGACAGGGAAGAUUGCGACGAGCGAGUCGUUUCUUUUGGCCUGGUAAUCACAGACGGCAACCCGAUGCCGAUUCGAUUGCUGUACCUAUGCGAAAUCGGGAUAUUGAUGAUCGUCGAGAUGAUGAAUACGACCAAGAACUGGUGGAUUGGCUUGAUGUCAUUGACCCCGAAGUCCAAACGCUCUCAACACUUACAAACGUUCAAAACUCCCUCUUCGUUCCCGAUCUCGGAAAAUGGAUCAACCGUCGUCCAACAUAUGCCCUAUCCCGUCACGAUCCACAAGCAGACUGGGCACGAGGCGCCGUCGCUGAAGAACGUCGUCGCGAAGCAGCAGCUCAAGAAGCUCAGAACCAAGAACCCACCGGCGUGCCCGAUACAAUCGACGAAGAAACCCCACGUUUCCAACGAAGCAACACCAUUACUUCUCGUCUUACAGACUCUCACUACGCUGCUCUCCCGCACGGAACAACUCUCGAUGGAUGGACACCCGAGGAAAAGGCUGAAUUAGAUGAUCAUGUCCGACAUAUGCUACACUCCCGACGCGCGCGCCUUAAACGUCGCAUGAAGGGUUUCGGACAAUAUGUUCGACGACCACUCGGCUUCCUCGUUACUCUCUACGCCACUCUCAUCACACUAUUCGGUCUAGCGUGGGUUCUUUUCCUCAUCGGUUGGAUCUACGUAGGCGACAAGCAAUCUUAUCUGGUCCACAUCAUCGACAGUGUUCUUGUCGCUCUCUUCGCCAUCAUGGGUGAUGGUCUCGCACCGUUCCGCGCUGUAGAUUCAUACCACAUGUUUCACAUCUGGCGUUUAACACGAUUGAUCAAAAGAGCUGAAGAGGGCAAAAAGCCCAGAAAGAGACUGCAGAAGAAGAGCGUCCCGACAGGAGUUGCGACCAAUAUUGAAGAUUCGCAUUUAACGGGUCAUCAAGCCCGUGUACUUCUCGAUGCGCAGAAUUAUAAUCCUGAAAGAGAUGGGACAAUCGCCACUAUGGAUGAACACCCAGAACCGCAACCCGAAAGUCCUGAGACUAUUGAUCUAGAACACGCCAAGUCGAAUGGUCCUGAUUCCGACCAGCCUGCUUUGACGUUUGCGCAGUUUAAGAAACUACAGCACCACCAAAAGAAAAUGGCCAAGUCGCACAGUUUCUACAAACCACACGAAACAUUCACCCAUUUCCCUUUUUCCCAGCAAUACCUCCUCGCCAUCGUCAUUCUUCUCGACUGUCACUCCUGUCUCCAGAUUUCCCUCGGUGCAUGCACAUGGGGCAUAGACUACCACACCCGACCCUUUGCCAUCACGACUGUGAUUCUCUGCGUGAGUAUAACCUGCAACAUCACCGCUGGUUUACUCAUUAGUCGCGGCGAUCGCAAGACGCGCAAGAAGGAUGUGUGGGAGUUGUUGGAUAGGCAGGAACUCACGCAGGAUGCUAUUAAGCAUAUGGAGAAGAAGAAGCAAGAAGAGGAAAAGGAGGAGAGGAAGAAGGAGGAGAAGGAGGUUAAGGAGAGGGAGAGGGAGAUUUAA